UCCCAGCCUCGUUGCCUUUCUUGGUGUGGCCCGAAAGAACCCUCACCCCUCAAAACUUCCCGGAUGCUGUCAUCCUUGGAGGGACAUUUGACAGUGGCUCUUCGUACAGAAUCAAAAUUGUCGCCAGUCGGCCCAGCUCAGCAUCCCAAGGACUGGCAGAGUAUAACAUUGUAACCAACAUUCCACCCAAUGGAGGAUCGUGUGACGUCACACCCAAGACAGGCGAAGAACUGGACACAAUAUUUACUUUCUCAUGCAGCGGGUGGCAGGAUGAGCAUCAACCGCUGACCUAUGAAAUGUUUUACUCUCACCCAAAUAAAAGCGAGGAGGACCCAGUCUCGCCUCUGAGUGGGGUGCUGUUUUUCUUUGGUCCUUCGUUAGAGAGUUACAGGGCGAUUCUUCCGAUGGGAAAGGAAGAAAAUAACUAUUCUGUUAAUGUUGCGGUGAUAAUAAAGGACGCGUAUGGAGAGUACGUGGACAAAAAUCUUCGGAUUCAGGUAAACCGCAGACUGGUGACUCAAAAGGAAUUGGUAGAAAAAACUCUUACGCCGGGAAACGAAAUAGAAAAGGCGAUUGGUCGUGGCGCAGUGCAAGAAGCAGUGCAGCGUAUAAAUGCUAUCAGCGAUGUACUCAAUGUACAGAACUCCACUAAGGACAAUGCGGUUGAACAAAACAAACAGGUUCGUUUGGCGAUUAUCAAGUACUUGGCUGAGUUUCGUCCACAAAGUCUUAAUGAUGUAUUACUUGGAUCCAAGCCCCUAAAGGCGGCAACCGCUGUUGCUGCGGAGACUGAAGUGGAGGCGCAGGUUCUAGCGACGAAGCAAUAUGCUAACAUGGCGGCCAUAGUGAUGAAAGAGUCCCAAGGAGGGGAGGAUGGGGGAGUUAUCGAGACGAUCUCUACUGAAUUACUCCAAGGAUUAUCAAAUGUAUUUCUGGCUUCAUCCAACAGUAAUACUAACAGUUUAAAUGAUGAAGACAAAAAAGCCGCUGAGGAAGUACAGUUUAAAAUUCUUGAUCUCGUGGAUAAAGUCUCUGACGCAAUGCUUCAUACCAUGAUACCGGGCCAAACUCCGCUGGUCACAGGGAGCGCAAGCGUAGCUACUGGCUUGUCCAAACAAGCGCCAAAUAACGUGGCCGGGAUUUCAGUGGACGUGGGAGGUCUGGGGCAGUUUGUGAUGCCACGCAACGUGAGCCUGGUCGACAGAACUAAAAAUUAUUCCUACGUCACGACUACCGUAACCGAGCUGUCUUCAAAUCCAUUCCGAGGUUCCAGUAAUUCCACUCCGGUCAGGUCCAAUCCUUUGUCUUUAGUGCUCAAAGGAAGUGAUGGGAACGUUAUUGCUGUCGAAGGCCUGACAUCGCUAAUCGAUGUUUUGCUGCCGCAAAAAAGAUCAGCUCAGGUCUCACUCAACAUCUCACAGACUCCUUCCUCCAGUGGUUCCAUGACGUUUCACAAGAUCUCCAUUCCAAACAAUGACAGCGUCAUGAUAGCUGACAUUCUCCCAUCAGACAGACUGUCCAAACUAGCAAUCUACCUCAGAUACAACGAGAAACCUUCGACAACUGAGUAUGACUUUAAAACCACUCUACCCAACCAUGACUCGGCGACGGAAAAAAACUACACGCUCUUUGUGCCACGUGAUCAGAUGAAGGGGAAGGGCGAGUAUUACAUUGGAGUUUUAUCCAGUGCGCAUGACCUGGAAGAGGAACAGACGGUAGUAAAUUACACGUUUGACGUCAUCUGUUCAGCCUGCUACUUUUGGAACGAGAGUCUGAGUGAAUGGAGUACCAUGGGAUGCCAGGUUCACAACAAGACUACUCGAUAUCUUACUCACUGCCAGUGUUCACAUUUGACAUGGUUCGGAGCAGACUUGUUCAUCCCGCCAAACAAGUUGGAUAUCGAAAGCUCUUUUAAAAAGCUUCCGGAAAUUUACAAACACCCUGCGCUUCUCGCUACCUUCUGUGUGAUCAUUGGGCUGUACCUUGUAGGGCUCGUGUGGGCGAGACGGAAGGACCGAAGAGAUAUCACCAAGGUCGGUCUCGUGCCAGUUUUAGAUAACGACCCAUCAGACCGAUAUCGCUAUGAAGUGACUGUUUACACUGCACGCGGCAAGAAUACGGGCACCACAGCAAACGUCUCCAUCCUUGUCGCCGGUGAAGAUGGUCAGAGUGCCGUGCACGUGCUCAAGAGCACAUCCAGGUCCUCUCUUCACCCGGGCGGUGUUGAUUCGUUCCUUAUCACCACACCAGAAUGCCUAGGAAGUCUAACAUUCAUCCGUAUAUGGCACGAUAACACGGGCAAGAGCCCAUCCUGGUUUCUGUCCCAAGUCGUCAUCAGGGACAUUGAGGCGGAAGAAAAAUUCUUCUUUCUGUGCAACCAAUGGCUGGCGUGCGACGAAGGGGACGGACAGGUUGACCGACUGUUUCCAGUGGCGGGAAAAGACGAGCUACGCGACUUUAUACAUCUUUUCAAAACCAAGACGAGUCGUGACCUUUCUGACGGCCAUUUGUGGUUUUCCAUCGCUUUUCGUCCGGUGCGCAGCCGUUUCACGUGUGUCCAGCGAGUGUCAUGUUGUUUAUCCCUGUUAACGUGUUCUAUGCUGGCAAACGUACUUUGGUAUAAAACGCCAGUGAAGGACCAAAACAAUGUUCUAAUUGACCUUGGCUUCUUUGAAUUCACUUGGCACGAGAUUCUUAUUGGCGUUCAGUCCAGCUUAAUCGUAUUCCCAAUUAACUUGCUGAUAGUUCAGUUGUUCAGGAACAGAGCAGUUAGCCCCAAGACGAAACAGAAAUACGCGGAGAGGACUAGAAGAGAAAGUAACUUUCCAACAGAAAAGCCACGUACACAAAAGGCGGUCUCACUUAGUGACAUCACGCCGACGGAUUCACAAAGGCAGUCAGCGGGUCCACGACAAAAACACGUUCAGUUAAAGAACUUGACGAGCAUGCGCACACCCGUGGCCGCGCACAAGGAUUCCUGGGACGAGGAUUUGUUCUGUUCGUUGCUGGAGAGUCAAAUUGGUGUCUUAACAGAGAACAAAGAAGCGAAGCCAAAGGAAAAGAAACGUUUGGAAAAAGAUGACCAAGUGGGGGAGGUGCCUGAUUUUUUGUCCUCCGAUAUUUACUACUACUUGUAUCAAGACGAGGCACGUGACCGGGAAAGAGUCUGUCCAGAGUCUAUUUGCAGUGGAGACUCAGUGGACACAACAACUGCCUUAGUGAAGACAGAAAAACCCAAGAGAAAGAAAAAGCGGAAGAUGAACUGUUUGUUUCCAUGGUGGUUCGUGUACAUAGGCUGGUUACUAUGUUUCUCCACGGCAGCCGCCGCUGGUUUUUUCACGCUGUUGUACGGACUGAGCUUCGACAACAAACAACAAGAAGAAUGGUUAGUCUCCAUGUUCGUGUCUAUGGCGCAGGACAUCUUGAUAAGCCAACCUCUGAAAGUGAUUAUUGUUGCCGUUCUCUUCGCGCUGCUAUUGAAAAAGCCGCAAGAUGAAGAAGAUGACGUCAUCAACGCCGAGUUGGCGCGCGACGAGGAAUGGCUCGAGCACAAUCUUACGCAUGGGCAGAAACGCCAUGACAAGGCCACUGACACUCAAUAUCACCGCCCGCCAGAUAAGGUAUUACUUCACGCAGCUCGGGUCCGACUUGUCAAUGAAAGGAAGAUGCAUUCAGUCAUCCGGGAAAUCGUCUUCUACUUCCUGUUUGUUUGGAUGGUGCUUUUAAUAGCUUACGGCCACAGAGACCCGUAUGCACACUUUAUGGCUCAGAACAUUGAGAACACUUUUGUUGGUCACCGGGACUCUCUCGGUUACCGUGACGAAGACAAAAUUAUCUCUAAGAAGCCUGAGGGGGCCGAUGAUGUCAUCAAGCUUUAUGACGUAACCAAUGUGAACGACUUCUGGGAAUGGAUAAAUCAGACUCUAGUUCCAGGCCUCUACAACGGUGCCUGGUACAACGGUAACACAGGGAAACCAGGAUUCUUGAAUGACAAGAUGUCAUUUGUAGUGGGCGUGGCUCGGAUCAGGCAGCUUCGUGUUAAAAGUGGAACAUGUGAAGUUGCUUCAGUAUUUGAUGUUGACGUGGACGCAUGUAAUAAACCUUACUCCUGGGACGCUGAGGACCAGACUCCUCACUACGCUCCCGGUUGGAAACCAACCAAUCAGAACUCUUCUUCCACUUCAGGAAACAGCGCAUGGCACUACAAGACGACCACUGAACUCAAAACACGUCCUAUUCUCGGGCAUCUUGCCCUUUAUCGAGGAGGCGGCUACAAAGCUGACUUAGGAUCGACUGAAGCGGGAGCUUACUCCAUGUUAGAUGACUUGAAAUCGAACAAUUGGGUCGACAAAUACACGCGCGCUGUAUUCAUUGAGUUUACUGUGUACAACGGCCAUAGUAAUCUCUACUGUGUGAUGAAUUUGCUUUUAGAGUUCACGGCCGCCGGAGGUGUCGUUCCAUUCAUACAACUGCUUUCAACGCGGAUCGACCGCUAUGUGGGGAAUUUCUUGUUGUUUGUCUUGAUCUGCGAAGCUUCCUUUGUUGUAUUCACCCUUGUGUUUACUUAUCGCGAGUUCAAAAGGCUUCUCAAGACGGAUUUAAAAGAAUACAUGACUGCGUUCUGGACAUGGGUUGAAAUAGCCCUGUUAGGCUUGUCUUGGACUAGUAUCGUUCUGUAUUUUAUCAGGUUCGGGCUAGACAAACUCACGAAGAAGGCUUUUCGAGAGAACCCUCAAGAAUUCGUGGAUUUCCACCAUCUCGCAUUGGUUGAUCAGUUGUUCGGGUAUGUCUACGCAUUUGUAGUUUUCAUCAUCUCGGUGAAAUUUCUCCGUUUAUUUCGCUUCAACCGACGUAUGUCUCUUCUUGGAUCCACCUUGAAAUGCGCUGCGAAGGAAAUGCUUCAUUUCGGAAUCAUUUUCAGCCUGGUUUUUGUCGGAUUUUCUCAUCUCUGCUACCUAGUGUUCUCACACGAGUUGUACAAAUUUCACACGUUCGUCACCACUGUAGAAACCCUUAUCAGUGUCAUGUUAGGCAAGUUCAGUUAUGUUAGCUUGGAGCGAACCAACAGAGUCCUGGGUCCGAUGAUGUUCUUCUUCUACAGUAUAGGCGUGGUCUUCAUCCUUGUCAACAUGUUCCUGUCAAUCAUUAUUGAGAACUUUAAGAGAGUGAAGCGAAACAACGACCUCCAAUCUAACGAAUACGAGAUCGUCGACUUUAUGACAGAGCAAUUUAUGAGUUGGUUAGGAUUCAAGUCGCGAUCAAUUUUCAAAAAUCGGGUUUUCGCCGAAGGGGAUUUCGAGCGACCGGUGUACAAGAAGAGAAAACGGACUGACGAAGCUGCGCAACUGAAGGACAGGGUCGAUCGACUUGUGACGCUUAUCCAGAAAGUUCAUUGUGAUGAUAAUAAAGAAGAUUUUCUCAGGAAUGAUGGAGAAGUAACCUAUCUAAUACCGGAUAUCAAACUGGAAUCUUACGCUUGAUUGCAACAUGUAGAAUGACAUUAGACGCGGCUACCUUACUGGACAGUACUCAUCUAUGUAUGUUCACGUGUGAUACUGACAGAACACCUUUAAAAGAUAACCCCAUUUGAAAUGGUCUCCAUUUCUCAAUGUUGAGGAUCUCUGUAUAUUCCUUAGCUUAACAAGGCCGGCUUCGUCCGCUGUCUCAAGCUGCCGGCGGUGUGAAACAGCAGUUGAAAUAUUAAACCGGCUGCUUCAGUUCUGCAAUAUAUGCAUAUAUUCUUUGUAAAUAAUGAAUUAGAGACUAAGACUUUGUCGGGAAUAUUAUUUUUAAUAGCAAAAUAUAAUGUUGAUGGCCAAUGUAAAAAUGAAAAUAAACCAAACUACAGCUGAAACUAAGCCUACUUAUUCAUGAAGCCAGCUCUUUAAUCUAACUUAUAUGGCAUGAAGUUAGUUCAACGGGUAUUCCUGGUACUUCCAACAUAAAAUGCUAGUCCAUUGGCCAAACAAUUGCCACGUUUCUAAGAUUACAAAUUUCGGCAUUCUAGGCACGCGCAGGCGGUGUUGGACACGAUUUGCAAAGCGUGCCGGGAGAAAUUUUUGCUCGAGCUCAUUUUCAUCUGAUCGCCGAACGGCAGGCGGUGUAGGACACGGUUCACGUGACAUUGUUCGACCAAUCAUAUAUCGUCUCAGCCGAAGCAAUGGCGGACACAUUUUUCGUUCCGAGUUAAGAGUAGGUUGUCUUUUCUCGACCGAUUUCUGCACUCAUCAUGAGAAUCAAACGAACCUUUUCCAGGAUCUGCUAGUAUAAUAUCUAGGCCAAUUAUUUGCCAAGUGUCAACUACAGGAAAGAGUUUUUUGCAUCAAAACUGGUCAAUGGAACAGUGAAUGGAAAUCAUGCCAUGUCGAAAAUGUUUGUUGAGCAUCCGCGCUUGACACGGAUAUUCUUUUGGUCGUUUGCGGGGUAACAGGGAUCAGUAUUGUAGAUUAUUAUCGCAUGACACUUUAAGAAAAGUCUGUCGGGUCCCGCCGUUUUAACUGUCAAAAUCGGACUUGAAGUCGGGGCUUUUUCCUCGAUUGGGCCAUUCCAUUU